UCAGUCGCCAUUCUUUCCUCCAUCGUUGUCCUCUGCGGACAGAAAGCCAGCGACAGGAAACUUACUUUUUAUUUCUUCAUUGGUUUGUUUUUCAAUCCAUUUUUCAUCAUGAAGUUGUGGAUUUGUCUCGUCCUCGCCUCGCUGGCGGCGGCAGCCUCAGCUCAAAGCUGUCAAUGUGAUGUGAUGAAGUGGGCCACCUGUGAUGGGACUCCAUGUCAGUGCUACAUCUUCCUCGCCAAAGGCAUGAAACAAACAAUCGACUGCAAUAAACUGAUCCCCAAGUGCUUCCUGAUGAAGCUUGAGAUGUACAGAGCCAGCAUGAACCUCAGCACCCGCACGGGCAUCGGAGGAAAGCCCGUGGAGACCGCCUUCGUGGACAACGACGGCAUCUACAACCCGGAGUGCGAGAGCGACGGCAAGUUCCAUGCCAAGCAGUGCAACAACACUGAGGAGUGCUGGUGUGUCAACAGCGCCGGCGUCCGUCGUACCGACAAGGGAGACAAGAACAUGAAGUGCGAUGAGCUCGUGGAGACCUACUGGGUUCGUCUUCAGCUGACACACAAACCAGUGAAAGGGGAAGUGAAGCCUGCCAAUUUGAAGGCUGCCAUUGCGGACGCCAUUCACAAACGUUACAAGAACUUUAACAAAGACAUGGUGGAAAAAGUCGAGUACGACCCCGAGGCCCGGCUCAUCGUGGUGGAUGUGAAGAAGGCAUUUGGUGAACGCAAGACUGACCUGACCCAUAUGGCGUACUACAUGGAGAAAGAUGUGAAAGUGCUGCCCCUCUUCAAGGACGAAGGGAACAAGUUUGCGCCGGUGGUGGACGGCCAGACGCUGGAUAUGGAGAAUAUCCUGGUGUACUAUGUGGACGAGAAGGGCCCAACGUUCACCAUGAAGCACCUGUCGGGCGGGAUCAUCGCCGUCAUCGUGGUGGUGGUGCUGGCUGUGGUUGCCGGCCUGCUGGUCCUGUUCUUUGCCAGGCGGCGAGAGAAGCAGCGGUACAACAAAGCUCAGCAGAGAGAGCUGGAUCCCAUGUAAACUCUUCAUCACAGCCUAUGAAGAUUAACUUUUCUUGCAGUGGGAGUGUGCCAUUUUCACCAUUUUACUUGAGGAACACAAAUUGUAAAGGAACAAUCAGCUUGCUUUUGUUUUUGUUGUGUCCAUGUUGUUGGCAAUACCGGUACGGCCAUUUUAUUUAUAAAUUGUGUAAAGUCCUAACGCGUCAUCCAAUCUAUAUGCCAUAAAGAUCUUUUUAAAAAUAUGCCUGGCACAUUUUUAUGUUUAGAACUUGUUGAAUGGUUUUUAAAUUCCAUGUCAUAGAUUGUACAGUUUCUUUCUUACUAAUAUGUGUUUGUUGGAUUGUUUUUAAUAAAAUUUUAAAAGACUGA